AGAAGAAGUGACUGCAUUUGGAAUUUUCACUUCUGGUGCCUGCCUGCUGAAGGACGCGAACGCAGCUGAGUUGCAUUGUAGCUUUGAAAAUUUUGGAGAUUCAAGCAGCCAGGAGUAGCAACAUAACAAUAGCAGUAGUAGCAGUGUUUUCUCACCAGUUGUGUUAUGGGAACAGGUCAACAGCAGCGAGUCUGUUCCAGGUCUGAUCUGGAUUACUGACUGGUUUGACUCAGAGACACAACAACAGCCAUGGAAAUCCCUUCUAUCAUCUAAAAGCUGAAGCGAACGCUUGACAUUGAAAAGGGCUUUAUCAGUUUCUACGAAUACUUUGUUUUUUUUAUACUUCAGCACUGCCGAAGGUUCCAUCAUGGUGCAGAAGUAUCAGUCCCCUGUGAGAGUGUACAAACAUCCUUUUGAACUUGUCAUGGCAGCAUAUGAGAGGAGAUUUCCCCACCUGUCAUCUGAUCCCAUGUUUGUGGACAGUGAUGUGAUCAGUGAGGAGAACAGUGAGGAUGGAUCAUUUAAUAAGAUUGAGAGGAGGUGUAAACUUGAUGUGGAUGCACCAAGACUCCUCAAACGGAUUGCAGGUGUGGAUUAUGUCUACUUUAUUCAGAAAAACUCCCUGAACCAUAGAGAAAGAAGUCUCUGUAUUGAAUCGCACAAUGAAACCUUCUCUAACAGAGUCAUCAUCCAUGAACUUUGCUGUUACUCGGUUCAUCCAGAAAAUGAAGAAUGGACAUGUUUUGAACAAUCUGCAAGUCUGGACAUCAAAUCUUUUUUUGGUUUUGAGAGCACUGUGGAGAAGAUAGCCAUGAAACAGUAUGCAAGCAGCAUCAAAAAGGGUAAAGAAAUUAUUGAAUACUAUCUGAAGGAGCUAGAGGAAGAAGGCAUAAUUUAUAUACCACGUUGGAGCGUUUGUCCAUCAUCGCCCACCAAAUCCAUGAAGCCAAAAAAAAAUUCUCCAUCUAUUGCAAGUGUACUACCAGAAGCCCUGAGUUUUGAGACCUUAAAGAGCGAUCCUUUGAGCAGCCUUAAUGACACCCUGGUAGCCAGUCCGGAUGAUAAACUGGAUGCUGACUACAUCAAACGCUACCUGGGUGACCUCACACCCCUGCAGGAGAGUUGCCUCAUUCGCUUGCGUCACUGGUUACAGGAGACACACAAGGGCAAGAUUCCAAAAGAUGAGCAUAUCCUACGGUUUCUGCGUGCACGUGACUUCAACAUAGAUAAAGCACGUGAGAUCCUUUGUCAGAGUCUAACCUGGAGAAAGCAGCACCAAGUGGACUACCUACUUGAUACAUGGAGUUCCCCUCAGGUGUUGCAUGAUUACUAUACUGGUGGUUGGCACCACCACGACAACGAUGGCCGGCCUUUGUAUAUCCUACGCCUGGGACAUAUGGACACCAAAGGACUGGUUCGAGCACUUGGAGAAGAAUCCCUGCUCAGACAUGUGCUGUCUAUCAAUGAAGAGGGUCUGAGACGCUGUGAAGAGAACACCAAAGUGUUUGGUCGGCCAAUUAGUUGUUGGACAUGUCUUGUCGAUCUUGAGGGGCUCAAUAUGAGGCAUCUCUGGCGUCCUGCAGUCAAAGCUCUGCUAAGGAUUAUUGAGGUGGUGGAGGCCAAUUAUCCUGAGACUCUAGGCCGCCUUCUUAUCCUCAGAGCUCCCAGAGUUUUUCCUGUUCUGUGGACCUUGGUGAGCCCUUUCAUUGAUGAGAAUACACGAAAGAAGUUUCUGAUUUAUGCAGGAAAUGACUAUCAGGGGUCUGGCGGUCUUGUGGAUUACAUUGAUAAAGAGGUCAUCCCUGAUUUUCUUGGAGGAGAGUGUAUGUGCGAAGUGCCAGAGGGUGGCUUGGUGCCCAAAUCACUGUAUAGAACUGCAGAGGAAUUGGAAAAUGAUGAGAUUAGGCUGUGGACAGAGACCAUUUACCAAAGUGCCAGCAUCUUCAAAGGAGCACCACAUGAGCAACUAAUUGAGAUCAUCGAUGCCACCUCGGUUAUCACUUGGGACUUUGAUGUAUGUAAAGGUGAUGUGGUCUUCAAUAUUUACCACUCUAAACAAGCUCCUCAGCCAGCAAGGAAAGAUCCGCUGGCUACCCAUGGCAUCACCUCUCCUGCAGGCAACAAUGUGCAGCUUAUAGAGAAAACCUGGUUGCUGGGUCAGGACUACAGCAUGGUGGAGUCAUCCCUCACCUGCAAAGAGGGAGAAAGUGUACAGGGUUCACAUGUGACGCGAUGGCCAGGUUUCUAUAUUUUGCAGUGGAAGUUCCACUCAAUGCCAGCAUGUGCUGCGACAAACCUAUCUCGAGUGGAUGACGUUCUGGCUACUCUGCAGGUUUCCUCUCACAAGUGUAAAGUUAUGUACUACACUGAGGUUCUUGGCUCUGAAGACUUCAGGGGCUCAAUGACCAGUCUGGAGUCCAGCCACAGUGGUUUCUCUCAGCUCAGUGCAGCCACCACAUCCUCCAGCCAAUCUCAGUCCAGCUCUAUGAUCUCCAGGUAGAAUGGUCUAAAAUGUAGAACCCAAGUGAUGGCGAGGACCCAAUUCUAAAUUAACUCCAUUAAUACUGUUCUUCUGUCAUCAAUCCCAAUACUUUACCAUGUCAAAUGUCUAAGCUUGCUUGCA